GAGUAAAGCAGUCUCUGAAGGGAGCAGAUAGGAGGAGAAAGUGAUCCAGAAAGAGCUCAGCAGACAGAAAACACGAGAAGAAGUGAUGGAUCACUCCAAACAGACUCAGUUGUCUUCCACCGAGGCCAAAGACAGCGGGGACAGCAGCUCCGUGGCUAACGGACACUUUGACGCGCUGGUGAAGCGGCCGACCGGCGGGACCGUGCGCACCCCGACCCCCCAGCCCCCGGGCGCGGAGAGCGGCUCACACAAGCCCGUGAGCAGGGUGAUGGAGAGCUGGAGGGAGGAGCGCACCAGGAGCGUGGAGGACAACGAGAUGAGCCUGCCGUCCCUGGCCGCCGCGUACACCACCAUCCUCCGGGGGCUCGGAGAGGACCCUCAGCGGCAGGGGCUCCUCAAGACCCCCUGGAGAGCCGCUACCGCCAUGCAGUUCUUCACCAAGGGCUACCAGGAGAAAAUCAUCGAUGUGCUAAACGACGCCAUCUUUGAUGAGGAUCACGACGAAAUGGUGAUCGUCAAAGACAUCGACAUGUUCUCCAUGUGUGAGCAUCACCUAGUGCCCAUCUUCGGCAGGGUUCACAUCGGUUACCUCCCAAACAAGAGGGUCCUCGGCCUCAGCAAGCUCGCCAGGAUCGUGGAGAUCUACAGCCGUCGGCUACAAGUUCAGGAGAGGUUGACCAAACAGAUCGCCGUGGCGAUCACUGAGGCCCUGCAGCCCACAGGGGUCGGCGUCGUCAUCGAGGCAACUCACAUGUGUAUGGUGAUGCGAGGCGUCCAGAAGAUGAACAGUAAAACUGUCACCAGCACCAUGUUGGGUGUUUUCAGGGAAGAUCCAAAAACUCGUGACGAGUUUCUGACACUGAUCAGGAGCUGAGGACGACGAAGCUCCUCCUCUUGCUCUCCUGAUGCCUGACAAUACCUCCACCUGCACGGACCGGCGUAUGUGUGAGCGUGUUUGAGAGAGAGAGUGUUCGAUCGUUUUAAUCGUUGUUUUCUCAGUAAGUUUAUCAGAGGACAAUGACUGACACGGUGUUUGUUUUCAGAUGUUAGGACUUUACCCUCGUUAGUCCAGGUGUGCUAUGAGUGAUCAUUAAUCAGAAAUCAAUCUUUGGCCUUGAAUAACACGAGAGGGAUGCAACAGAAAGCAUCAGUCUAUUACAGGGAUGCCCGAUACAGACACUCAUUAUAUUUCAUGUUAUGAUAUAUCAGCUGGUUAUCGGUAGGACAGUCUACUUAGCUUUGUAGUGUACUGGGACCUCCUAUAGGGGGCAGUGUAACUUGAUAAAAGGAGCUCAAAAGUCAUCCUCAUUCAGUCAGCAACAUGCCUUUAUUGACUUUAUACAGCAGAGCUGUACAAAAACUUCCAAAGGAGCAAUGCAACAAGAAUCCUACAGUAUGGACAACUGAAUUAUACAAUGCAACUAAUUUAGUUAUUUUAUAUUGAUAAGAAAACACAUUUCACUUCCAAUCAGUUGUAUUUAAUCAGUUUUCUCCCCAAAAUGGAAAUUUGCUUCUCAAAUUUUUUGACCCUUGCCUAACAGUAAUUUUAACAAGCCAACCUUAAAAACAUCAUGAUGUAGCAUUAUGUUCACUAACUAGCUUUUUUUUCUGUAAGUUUCAACACGGAUUCAGCAUUGGUUUACUGUAGGUUCUUUGCAGAUGACGUUACACAGAAAUGGAGAACUCCCAGUGGGGGGCAAGUAGUGAUUUCUGCAUAGAGAAACACUACAAAAAGACCAUGUUUUGAGCUGUUUAUAACCAUGCCUAGGGUUUAAAGUACAAACAUAAAAACAUUUUUCACUCCUAAGCUACUUUUGCAUCCUGAGAGCUGUGACAUGUUCAGGCAAAACAUAAAAAAACUUUAAAAAUCCUCAAAGGGGAAACUGCAGCAGCCAGGAAAUAAUAAAGCCUCUUUCUAAAGCCUGGACAAAUGGUUUCAAACAAUGCUUGUGUAUGGUCUGUUUUCACAAAGCAAUCUGGGUUGGUUUAGUGCAUUUUGCCUUGAUUUUGCACAUUAAACUCUGAUCUCGCUCAUAUUUACUCAGUCAUUGUCCGUCCAGCCUCGCUCUUUGUGAUGGGGAAUUUGUCGCUUCUAGUAGAUCCAGACCAUUUGGCUCAGCUCAGUAGAGCUGCUUGUUUGCUUUUAAACAGCUCUUCAUUUGGUAGCAGUUUGACUUUUUAAAUGUGGAUUAAAGGGUUAUUUUUUAGUUGGGUUGUCUGAUGUACUUGGCAAUAGUAGUUGCAUUAGCGUCCAGGGUUUUCAGAGAGUUUUGCAUUCAAUGAGGACAUGCUAGAGCAGUGUUUUCAAACCCUUUUUCCUUUUAGCCCUCCCAGGACCCAAGAGCAAAGAAGUAGUGACACACUGCCAUCAAAAAUCAACAUAGAUUUUAAUUUGUUCACUGAUAAAAGCCUAAAAAUGCUUAUGCAUGCUUUUCUUAUCAAAAGACCUUUGAAUAACCUACUUAACAACUGCUUUAUCAUGGUUUUAGUCAAUAUUUGCAAAUCUAAUUCUGGCAGCCUUGGAAUAGGCAAAGCCUUGCGCUCGGGACCCAAGGUUGGGAACCAAUGUGCUAGAGGAAGCUAGGCUAUUCAGCAUAGUAGAUAGGUACAUUUUCACCACGUAGUUAAGCAAGUUUAAGGUGGGAUGAGAUGAAAUAACAACGCUGACUCAACUGUAUGCUAUAUCAAAGUUUUUGGAGCAUUUUAAAGCCUCUGUGUUUGGUACUUUUUUACAAUGCAAGCUUCCGCUACCAGCUUCGUGUUCUUCUGCCUCAGUGUAUUUGAACAGCUGUUUGUGCCAAACACAGAGGCUUUCUGGAUGAACAAGGAAACACUUCAAACAUUUCUGAUGUUGUGUUUGCAUUGCAUUUUUACCUUAAACUCGCUAAAUUGUGCAAUGAAACUGUAUCUAACUGCUAUGCUGUAUAGCCUAGCUUCCUUAAGCCUGUCCUGUUUGAAGAGGCAACAGUCUGUAAUCACUGGAGCCUAUUGCCAAGGCUAUUGCCAAGCACCUUAUAAAACCUAACUUCAAAAAAUACCUAAAUUUCCCUUUAAGUAACGACAAAGUAAAGGGAAACAGAACAAGCUUGUGAAUAGUGCAUCCCCGUUUCAAUUAAAAGCAAGUUUUGACAGCAACCAAGAAUCAGCUGUUGGCAGUCUGAUAAACGAAAUCACAAGCAACACCAUCAGCUGGUUUGAUUUGAGCUGCGACAGCUCAGUUCACACUGCAACGCUCUAAAACUGUCUUGAGUGACGAAUGUUUGAUCUGAACUAGACUUUACCCAGCUCACAGUAGGUGUAAAGGCCACUUUAAAAUGUGGCUGUGUUGGUGAUGGUUUUAGAUAGCUUAGAGCAUGACGAGGGGCUGAGGGUUGUGCCGGUUGUUUCAAGAAGAUCUAGCUGCAGACCUCAACAAUGGGUUGACCUCCACUGUAGGGCAGGAAGUGACGUACAUUACCGAAGCCGGAACCAGAAUGAUGUACUGAAUGAUGUUUAUGUCCUGCUUGCUGUCAGAGCUUAUGCUAAGUGGCUUUUUUCACAACAGCAGAAUUUUAGGAGUACAAAUAAAGAAUGUACUGAAGGGGAUAAAUUUAAAUUUACCACACCACAAAUUAAGGGAAACCCAAGGAGAGUUAGGAACCCGAGCCCUAAGGUUAGGGUUAGGGUAAGUGGGAGGGGAAUAGAAUUAAAAAUAACAUCACACAAACUAAGGAAAAUCCCAACAAAGGUUAGUACGUCACUUCCUGCCCUGUGGUCAUGUCCCUGAUUGUUGAAGUCUGCAGCCAGAUGCAUCUUGGCUGUUUGGUGUUAAUAAUCCUGUGUGAGUGGAGAUUAUCUGUCUAACAGUAGUUUACUGUUAAAUUACCUCAGAUGUUGCUAUUGGCAACACCAAUGACAAAACUUCAGUUACUACCUAUUUAGUUUCCACACAGGCUUUAGUAACUGAAAACAGAACUUCCACAGAGCUGGUGCAACAGACCACAGAACUUGAACUUUCUGUUAUGCCUCAGAAAACUUUACAGUCUCUUUCCUUUUAUUCAGGAAUCAUUUUUCACUAAGUUCACAUAUAGAACCAAUUUUAAAAGCAGCAAAGACAGCAUGUUAAAUGAAACAUAGUUUUGAACAUGUCAUGCAGGAGUAAAAUGAGCAGUAUCAACCAGUGAUCACUGGUCACUGGUCAGUGAUCAUUGUCUGAUUUUAUCUUUAAUUUUCAUGUCCUGCGAGUAUUUAUUUUUAAUAUUUUGUCAUUAAACGGUCCAUGUCAGGAUCUGCCUGUGCCAACACGCCGCUUUUACGGCCCUGAAAACUCCUGACAGCACGCCUAAUCAACUAAAACUGAUCAUUUUAUUUCUCUGAGUCACAGAAUAACUGUGUGAGUGUUCAGUAUUCAUCCCAGCAAAAACGCAUCCAUCAGUGUGUCUGUGUGAGUUGUUUUGUCACUGCCCUCAAACUGAAUUUAGGAAGUUUUUAAUGGUCUUAUGGGUGACUGGAGCAUGUGUGAAGAGUGUAUGAUAUUUGUGUGGUUGUGUUGGAGGGAAGAAGAGCAUUACUAAACUGCUCUGCUGUUGUUUUUUGUGGCCUUGUUGAGAAGGACGGCCUGUUCUUUGGCCCUUCAAUCAUUGUAACUUUAUGUACUGUGUUCAUUUCAGAUACUUUUUAAUCAAAUUAAAUAAAUCUCUAUG